UAGAAUCUCUAUCUCUCUUCUUCAUCUUCUCCAAAGUUUCAAAAGAUAAAAGCUUGACCCUUCUUUGCUUAUAACUUCUUUCUUUAAGAAAAAGAAAAUUAUUUUCUUCAUCUUCUAUAGGACUUUCUGUAGGUCAUCUAGAAACCCUAUUUUUUGAAUGAAGAAUCAGCAAGAAGCGAUGAGCAGUAGUAUCGAAGAAUCUCUAAAAUCUAUGUCGUUGGAUUACUUAAAUCUCUUAAUCAACGGUCAAACUUUCUCCGACGUCACUUUCAACGUAGAAGGCCGUCUAGUCCACGCUCACCGUUGCAUCCUGGCCGCACGUAGCCUCUUCUUCCGCAAAUUCUUCUGCGGAUCUGACCCUUCCCAAACCGAUCCGGCUAACCAAACCGGGUCAGGAGCUAGAGCAGCCGUAGUGGGAGGAGUCAUACCGGUUAACUCGGUCGGUUACGAAGUUUUCUUGCUUCUACUUCAGUUCUUGUACAGUGGUCAAGUCUCUAUGGUACCGCAUAAGCACGAGCCAAGAUCGAAUUGUGGAGAUAGAGGAUGUUGGCACACGCAUUGCACCGCAGCUGUGGAUCUCUCUUUAGAUAUCUUAGCUGCGGCUCGUUAUUUUGGCGUGGAGCAGCUCGCGUUGCUUACUCAGAAACAAUUGACAAGCAUGGUGGAGAAAGCCUCCAUUGAAGACGUGAUGAAGGUGCUAAUAGCUUCAAGAAAACACGACAUGCAUCAACUAUGGACCACUUGCUCUUACCUAGUUGCUAAAUCCGGUCUUCCAACAGAGAUUCUAGCCAAGCACCUCCCAAUCGAACUCGUAGCCAAGGUUGAGGACCUUCGUCUCAAAUCUUCCAUGCCUCUUCGCUCCCUAAUGCCUCACCAACAUGACCUAACCUCGGCUCUAGACCUAGAGGACCAGAAGAUCAGGAGGAUGAGACGAGCUUUGCACUCCGCGGAUGUCGAGCUCGUGAAGCUUAUGGUUAUGGGAGAAGGACUCAAUCUAGACGAGUCCUUAGCUUUGGUUUACGCUGUGGAGAAUUGUAGUAGAGAGGUUGUGAAGGCACUUCUUGAGCUUGGAGCAAUCGAUGUGAACUAUCCGGCGGGUCCCACCAGGAAGACCGCACUCCACAUUGCGGCUGAGAUGGUCUCACCAGACAUGGUGGCCGUCUUACUUGACCACCAUGCAGAUCCCAACGUUCAGACAGUUGAUGGUAUCACUCCUCUUGACAUACUUAGAACCCUAACUUCGGAUUUCUUGUUUAAGGGGACAGUUCCUGGAUUGACUCACGUUGAGCCUAAUAAGCUCAGGCUUUGUCUCGAGCUGGUCCAGUCCGCAGCACUGGUGAUGUCCCGUGAAGAAGGGAUCAAUAAUGAUAACAACACUGUGAUGUACCCUAGGUUGAAAGACGAACACAUGAGUGGAAGUAGUUUGGAUUCAAGAUUGGUUUAUCUUAAUCUUGGAGGUGAACAUGGAAACCAAAUGGAAGGAAUGAGCCUGCAUCAUCAUCAUGAGCCGCCAACAAUGUAUCAUCAUCAUCACCACCACCAUUUCUAAGUUUUUUUAGUCGAUCAUCUUCUAGUUAUGAUAAUUAAGAGUUAAGACAUAUUCGAGAUCUAAUUAAUUUGUUAUGGUAGCCAUUUUAUGUGUAUAUGGAUAUGCGAACAAUGUAAACUCUUAUAUUCCAUUAAGAGUGGGAAGGAAAGAGACGAGAAGAUAAU